AACCGCAUCUCUAUUACAAUCAAUGCAGCUUUUAAUCAACACACCAACUUUGAAUAUACAAAAAUUGCUACAAUGCCAUUCUUUAAUCCCUAUAAAUACUCACAUAUGCAAUAUCAUUAUACCAUCACCAACUACAAUGGCUUCUUCUUUCUGCUACACCAUUCUGUUGAUCCUCGUCCUCGUCUCGACGAGCCAUGCCCAGACCGGCCUAGUCCUCCCCCUCCGGAGGGACGCCGCGACGUCCCAAUUCUACACGACGUUCCAAAUGGGCAGCAACCGCGCCACCAUCAACGCCGUCGUCCACCUCAGCGGCCAGCACCUCUGGUUCGACUGCGACAACUACACCUCCGCCACCUACGCCCCCAUCCCCUGCGACUCGGCCAAAUGCGAGGCCGCGGACGGAAUGGGUUGCAACGGCUGCAACGGCCCCGCCCGCCCCGGCUGCACCAACAACACCUGCGGCACCGCCUCCUCCAACCCCUUCAUCUUCUACAUCACAUCCAACGGCUUAUACGAGGACACGUUCUCCUCCAAGGACCGCGUCGAGCUGCCGGAGUUCAUCUUCUCCUGCGUGAACAGCGACUACCUCGCCGGCCUCGCCUCCGCCGCCGCCGGCAUGGUCGGCCUCGGCCGCCGCUUCGACACCGCCUUCCACAAAGUCGUGGCGGACAAGUUGAACCUGCCCAACCGGUUCUCGAUCUGCCCGCCGUCGGCGGGGAUCGGGAAGCUGACGAUCGGCGGCGGAUUGCCGGCGAAGUCCGAUAUCUCCGGAAUGCUGAAAUCCACGCCGCUGAUCGUGAACAAACCGGUGAGCAAUCAGCCGUUUUUCGCGCAGAACGAUCUGUCGGAGGAGUACUUCAUCGACGUGAGGUCGAUUAGGGUCGCCGGCGAGGCGGUGGAGGUGAAGGAAUCGUAUUUUGCGAUCGGAAAAGAUCGCACCGGCGGCACGAAGAUCAGCAGCGUGCAGAACUACACGGCCAUGCACACUUCGAUCCUCAAGCCGCUGGCGCGGGCGUUCGACAAGGCGGCGGCGGAUUUGGGGAUGAGGAGCGCGGCGGCGGUGGCGCCGUUCAGGGCGUGCUACAGGGCGGAGACGGUGAAGAGGACGGCGGCGGGGCCGGAAGUUCCGGCGAUCGAUCUGGUUCUGCCCGGGAAUGAUGUUUAUUGGCGGAUUUCGGGGGCGAAUUCGAUGGUGGAGGUUGAUCGGAAGACGAUGUGCCUGGCGUUGGUGGACGCGGGGUCGCGGCCGACGACGUCGGUGGUGAUCGGAGCUCAUCAAUUGGAGGAGAAUUUCUUGGAGUUUGAUGUGGCGGCGUCGCAGCUGAGGUUUAGUUCUUCGCUUUUGGUGAAUAACAAGAGCUGCUCCCGCCUUUAAAUAUGUUUAAAUAUGUUGUUUUUAUAGUACUUGGUUUAAUUUAUGUUUGUUGUAAUGUGUUAUUAUUAUAGACUAUAGUGUGGUUGGGGUCAAAUUAAGUAUAGUAUUUUGUAUAAAUUUGAUGUCGUUUUUCUUGAUUUAAUUUGGACUUUUAUUUUGAUUACGAAA